AGCCGGAUGCGCCAAUUUGGAGGGCGCCCCCCAAAACGCCACGCCCCACAGAGGGAAUGCUCACAUUUGAGGGGCUGGUCCAAGACAUCAUCCAAAGGAGAGGAAAGCUUGGCAGCAAGGAAGGAGCUGAUUCGGCACAAGACUACCAAGAGGUGUGGUCAACCUUUGGAAGCUAUGUGAGGUCUUGUUUGGAACAGAGGCGGGGACUGCAGCUGAAUAGCUUUUGCAAGAUCGGCUGGACCAUCCAGAAGAAACUAGGCAAGACCGCCUACCGGCCAUAUUUCCACUUCUCAGACUCGUUCAUUCGGUCCUACCUGCCCGAGGCAGCGCGAAAACAUGCAGCCAGUGUAGCAGGAGACCUCUGUAGCUUUGAGGACUUCAACUUCAGCAAGGCUGCCUUGAAAUUCUCCAAGCAGUUGACGAAGGAUCAGGUCUUUACGAUGUUGAGAGCCCUGGUCCAGAGGAUUGGAGACAGCAUUGCGGAUGGCAGGGAGAUGGAGAUCGGCCUCAGUGAUGUGGGCAAGUUUGUCUGCAGAAGUGACCGAGAACCGCGAUUCAUUUUCGCACAGGAGUUUCACAAGCAGGAGGCCUUGACGCCGCGUGACGCCAGCGGCUCGGCGCUAGAGAAAGCGCCAGCGGCGCCAGAGAAAGCGCCGGAGAAAGCGCGGGGGCAGCCGAGUCAGGCAACGACCAAAGGUUUAGCUGUUGCCAAAGAGGCCGGCACCAUCCGCAUGGACAGCGUCCCCGCGCACGCGGAGGAUGUGAAAGGAUUCGAUGGCGGCGUGCAACGGCCAAUGGGCGAAGAGCUGCCGAAAUCUGCAUCAGCGCCAGGGCUCACAGCUUUGCAAUUCAAGCGCGAGUUGGCCUUCAAAGAAGCCAUGGAUCGACAUAUCGCUGCCAUGGAGGCGCAUGCAGCCGAGGCAGUGGCCGAAAAAGAUGCCUGGGACUGCCAUGUGAACGAGUGCUUGCUCCAAGAACGGGAUGAGAUCCAAGCCAGGAAAGAGAGAAAUCACCUGAAUCUGCACUUCCUGAAGCAUCAGAUGGCUAUGGGUGAGCAAAAGCGCAAGGAACAGAGGAAAGAGGAUAUCGAGGCCGCCUCGGCGCACGACUUUCCUAGUUUCUCUGAAGUGCACCCGGAUGAGAUGAAGGACUUCAUUAAGGGCCAACAGGAGAAGGUGCGGCAGGCACUGGAUGAUCAGGUGAGAACGAACAACACCUUGCGGAACCUCGCGAAGCAGAAGGACCUAGCGCUGGAGCUAAGCCAGUUGCAGGCCAACCGAGAGGAGCUGGCCAUGCUGCGGAAAGCUGAUCGUGGGGACGCCGAGGAUGCACUAAACAUCUGCAGUAAAGACAGUAAAGAUAGAUGA